AUGUCACAGGAAAGAUGCAUUGGGGGAGUCUUUAUAAAAACACAUCACUUAGAGGAAAUUAAUUCUGACAUUUCAGGGAAUUUAAACAAAGAAAUAGUCUGUUUGAUCACAAAUCUGGCUCACUUCUGCAGCCAGAGCCCUAGCUGUGUCUUUAUUUCAUGUGUGUUCUCUUCUCUCUCCCCCUCACCCCCCCACCUUUUUUUUUUUUACCUACUCUUCUGCUGCGGCCUGCAUUCCCAGGAGGUGGAGGAUGACUAUAUCAAGAGCUGGGAGGAUAAUCAGCCAGUUGAUGAAGCUUUGGACACAACCAAAGACCCCUGCCAGAAAGUGAAAUGUAGCCGGCACAAGGUUUGCAUUGCCCAGGGCUACCAGAGGGCCAUGUGCAUUAGCCGCAAAAAGCUAGAACACAGAAUCAAGCAGCCUGCGCUGAAACUCCAUGGAAACAAAGAGAGCUUUUGCAAGCCCUGUCACAUGACUCAGCUCGCAUCUGUCUGUGGCUCCGAUGGACACACUUACAGCUCUGUGUGCAAACUGGAACAGCAAGCCUGCCUGACCAGCAAGCAGCUGAUGGUGAAGUGUGAGGGCCAGUGCCCCUGCCCCACUGAGCACAGCCCCACUUCAACCACAGAUACCAAGCAAGACACCUGCACUGGGCAGGAUUUGGCAGACCUGGGGGACCGUCUGCGGGACUGGUUCCAGCUCCUGCAUGAGAACUCCAAGCAGAAUGGUUCUGGAAGCCCAGGGACCAAUCCAGUCAAUGUACUGGACAAGAGCCUGGUAGCCAGCUGCAAGGAUUCUAUUGGCUGGAUGUUUUCCAAGCUGGACACAAACAGUGACCUCUUCCUGGAUCAGACAGAGCUGGCAGCUAUCAACCUGGACAAGUAUGAGAUCUGCAUCCGGCCCUUCUUCAACUCCUGUGACACUUACAAGGAUGGACAUGUUUCCACAGCAGAGUGGUGCUUCUGCUUCUGGAGAGAGAAGCCCCCCUGUCUCACUGAGCUGGAGAGGAUUCAGAUCCAGGAAGCAGCAAAAAAGAAACCUGGUGUUUUCAUCCCUAGCUGUGAUGAAGAUGGAUACUACCGGAAAAUGCAGUGUGACCAAAGCAGUGGGGAGUGCUGGUGUGUCGACCAGCUUGGCAUGGAGCUAACAGGGACACGGAUACAUGGAAACCCAGACUGCGAUGACAUAGUCGGGUUCUCGGGGGAUUUUGGGAGCGGCGUUGGAUGGGAGGAUGAAGAAGAGAAAGAGACUGAGGAAGCUGGAGAGGAGGCUGAAGAAGAGGAGGGAGAAGCUGGCGAGGCAGAUGAUGGAGGCUACAUCUGGUAGAAGCAGAGAAGAGCACAGUUUGGUCAGGAUGCUGGCAGCAAGGCUGGGAGGCAGCGGUCAAGUUCAAGGAGAGGAGCAGCUUAAUGAGAUGAUCAGGAAACACAGUUGAAUGUAACUUACUAUGGUAGAAAAAGUGUGUGUGCAUGCAUGUGUGUGUGGGUGUGUGUGAGAGGGAGCCUGUGUGUGUGGGUGUUGUGAAUGCUGUUUUCAGUGCCACAGGGAUGCCCAGUAUGGCAGAACCUAGCAUUGUAGCAAAGCAAAAGAAUACAAGAUGUCUGCAGUGCUGGCUUCGCUGGGGAUUUUUUGUCACGUUUUUAGGUCUGUCUUGAGUAUUACAACCCAUAGACACAAACACAUGCAUGAAGUAAUAUGCACAAGCUUACACAUACCCCCAUGCAGCCAUGUUAAUACUGAAUUAAUACCUUGUUAGAUAAAUCCAGCUGCUGAAAUGUUUCCCCAGACAGAUAUCUAGGCAUGUCACGGGCAUGUUCCCUAGUCUGCUUUACCAUGGUUGGAAUGACAAGCAGGAGUUAGCACAGCACUGUGCUUGCCCACAGUUUAGACGGAGGGUGGCAUCACCAAGGUCCAACUGCAGGACUCUACCUAGUGUGGUAGAGAGGUGAGAUGAAACUGGCAUUUAUUUUUGUCUGAGAGUCUUGCUGCUUCUGGGGCUUCAGCCUAGACAGGCUUAUAUUAUGCACCUUGAAAACAGUGGUCUUAUAACAGGUGAAUAGCUUCUGUGGCUUGCUCAACUCCCCUUAGCAUGAAAGGGAGAAUCCUUUGGUAAACAGAUUGCCAAUGGAUUCGUCCCCUGCCUGCUGAUGACACAACUGAGAGGAACUGGGCAUGCUCUCCAGUUUGUCAGGCAUUUUGCUCAUGGGAGAGAUCAAGGACUUUUUAAAUAAUAGUGGCCUGGGGAUGAUUAAAAAAAACAAAGCAUGAACAGCCUCCUAGCAAGAAGAACCCACGGAGAGCUGUUCUAUCACCAUGUCCUUUCUGGCGGCAGUGCAGGAUUGUUCCCUGCAAUCAGCUCACCAACAGCAAGAUCAUAUCUCAGAAUAUAAUAAAAACCAGGAUUUCUUCAGAUGAAAUAAUACUCCACACCUGUCCUGGAUAGGACAAGCCUGAACCAGUGGCAUCAGUGAAAAACAGCUCUGAUCUCAUCCUGUUCUAUGAAAACUUGGCUGAAAGCCAACUCAGAUUGGUAGCACUCAGAAUUCAUCACUAUCUUAGAAAUGUGCAAGUGGCUCCUGCAUGUUUGUUUGAUGAGGGAAGGAAGAGGGGCAUUUUAGUGACAAGGACAUCAUGACACAGACUGUGAUUUUGUCUUCGUAAAGUAUUGGCUGAAGAAUAGUUUCUCUGGGUGCUUUUGUGUAAGCUAAAGAUAUGUGGUGGGAUUCAGUAUAUCCCUCAGCAAGCUGGAGUGAUAGCCUUGAUGACCUCCUAGGGCUUUUCAGACUUGAACUUCUUGUGAUUUUUUUUUUUCACUCUUUGCAAAAAUUGGCAACUGCUCGGGUCAGUAGAGAUGGCCAUAAAGCUGCCCAUUGUGUUUUGUGAAUCCGGUAUAUAAUUCCAGCCCUACCUUACCUGUAAGCUUUGUGGGAUGGAUAAUGGAAAGGAAGAAAAGAUAAGGGACUAGUGAUAGACUUCAGUUUUCUACUUUCCCUUUCCCUGGGAGCAUCCUUCCUCCUCUUUCCCCCUUUCCCCCCUUAUGCAGGAGAAGGGAAAGCAAAGUCUGAAAGCUCAGGGGCUUUGUGAGAUUCAAGCCAUUUUCCUUUCUUCUUCAGCAGACAAGCCCACUGACUGAGUAUGGGACACAGAGGUAAGCAGAGUGCUGUUUUCCCACUCUAUCUGGUCUUUUCUCCAUCUGGAACACACCUAUGCUGUCUUGUUUGGUCCUUGUGCCACCUAGUCUUAGGAUUGGAAUACGUUUGGUCAUUUCUGAAUAUUGGGGUGGUCACUGAAGGAUUGAGAAGCUUUGAUGAAAAGCCAAAUACUUUAGGCUUUAAGAAACCAAAACAGCCUGGUCAAGAACACUCUAAGGAAGAAGCAGUGCAGGGUGUGGAAAGCAGUCACUAAAAGGUGUGGGGAGACACCAGAAAAUGACAUUUCUGCAAUGAAAGAGAAGGUAUCUGUGUCCUCCUUUUCCUGUCACCUGUCCUCUGUCCAUCUUCAUGUCAGCCCCUCUGAUCCCAAACUUGAGAUCUGUUAUUGGCUUCAAAAGAUAUAAUUGGUUGGUUGGUUUAGUUUUAUUUUUAAUGGAAAAAUUGGCAAUGAGCUCAUAUACAGAUAAGUAGCUCAGUUUUGUUCCUGUUAAUUCUGUAAGGUUCACCAGUGACUUAACUCAAGGCUGGACUGGGCCCAAAGUGUACGUACAUUUCAGUUUCCUAGAAUAGUCCCAGCCGUCAAAUGCUAAUAAUAUUUGUGUGUGUCCUUAUGGGCAUGUGGAUGAAUGCAUUGAAAGGUGGCGUAUGUGUACAUGUGCUGUGUAAAUGGGUAUAUCCUAGGACAGUGUGAGUUUGUGUGUGUGAGCGCCACAGAAGUAGCCAGCUCGGCUUAUACUGAGCAUUCCAGAGCUUAUGCAAAAUUGAGCUUCCAGUAGAGCCUUUUAGGCUUAGUGUGCUACUGCAUAUUCUUAAAAAAAAUUAAAUAAAAAAGCUAAAGUCCCAGUAAACCUCAGUAACAUGCUUGCAAUGAUGCCAUAUUAGACGACAAUAUUCUGUAGCCAGAUGUGAUGAUAAAUGCGCCUUGCUGUGUUGAACCUUCUACAUUCCUUUCCUUCCAGUUUCCUGCUCUUUUUUUCUCUAUUAUAUAUACAUGUAGAUUGUGUAGCCCCCUUGAUUCAGCUAUUUCUCCUGAUCUUCUGAGGAAAGAAUACUUAGCUAUGACUGAGGACACUGUACUGGAAUGUGCCGCUCCUAAAGGGGCUGACCUUCUUAGUCAAUGCGCUACUUGAACUGCUCUGUUUUUUCUUGGGGCUUGCUUUUGUAUUGAGUUAUUUCUUCCCCACCAGUCACCUCGCAGACCAUGACGCAUACUUGAACUUUCAUUCCUAAAAAACCCAUUGUUGUAUUCCCUCCCCCGAAUCCUAAUUUGUCAUUGCCUUUUGGGACUUUUCUCUUAUUUUGUUUGCAUCAUGCCUGCCUAUGUCUGAUUCUGGAUUUGUUUCUGGUUGUGCAUGUUUAAUAACCUGUAAAUACGUUUUUCAGUCAAUCAACAAAGUGAUUUUUCUAACCCUGUAGGGCUUUAGCCGUGUAGAGCCUUCCUUCUUUGGAGAGGAAAAAGACUGUCUUUGAGUUCUGGAUUAGUUACUAAGGCAUAGGAUUUCUUCAGUCUCGACCAGUUCCAAUGUGGCAGUGGUUGGUCUAGGAUUCAGUUUAGCAGUUGAAUGAUCCACUGGAUGUGUUAGACCCUGUGAACAAGGCCCUGUGGCUUAAGAGUUCAGCUUCUUCAUUAUAUAGAGAGAGAAUCCAAAAUGUAAACAGGGGAAUGAACACUGGAGUCACUUGAAGUCCCUUGCUCUCCAGCUUGCCUGCCCCCCCCACCAUGCUUUUCAGUGUUAAGAUACGUUACCAACAGGAACUCCUUCCUUAGCAUAACUUUUCCUGUUGGCAAAUGGAUCAAUUUUGUGUGUUUUGAGUGUGUGUGCUGACUUGAAAACAUAACAGUUCCCAGAGCAACCUCCCAUGGUGUCAUCUCCAUAUCAAGCAGCUCUUCCAUCAGUACUGCCCACAUAUCUUCCAUCAGCUGUGACACCAUGUAAUGGUGUCUCUGCAUUGGUAGAGAAGUGAUGAAGAAGGAAAAGCAAUGUCUUGACAAACACUAUGGGUUUUUGUUUGGUUGGGUUUUUUUUUUGGGGGGGGUAUUGUUCAGAGUGAACUAAUUUAUUGCAGUAUCAGUGACUGGUCCACUGAUCUUGUGUGUCAUGCUCUGUACUGCAGUGUGGAAGACCUGCUUUCCAUUCCCUAUCCUGGCUUCUUACCCCCUAAAAUGGCAGGACCUGGGUAGGCCAUGGAGGCAAUAUGUGCAGACUCCAAGAAAGGAGGAAGUGUCUUGAACUGUACAGCAGUGUCCCCUCUCAAAUAAUGUACAUGGAUUUGACAGAUAGUCUUGUCUUGUUCAUUUUGACCAUGAGGCUGAGAUGGGAUCUGGAAGGAUGCAGGUAGGCAAGCAGAAUCCUACAGAUCAUCACCAGUUGGCUCAGCUGGUUGGCUGGCUUUAAGCAGUGGCUGAUUGUUCUCUUUCUCCCUGUCUAUUUUUGCAUUCCAGCCUCAUGUGGAUCUUUCCCAUACACUUCUCUCUCUAGUAUGGACUGCCCUGUGUAUACAAAAUGUAGCUCCAUGUAUAAAACCGUUUACUAAUCCCUUUCUCUCCUCCUCCAAACUGGAUCUCAGCUCAGUGUUGAUGGAGACUAUGUAUAUUAAAAACACUAAUAGAUAAAUAUUUUGAAGGUGUUGAAAACGUUUUUGGUUUUGUUCUGUUUUUUAUUUUUAAAAUGAUAUGCUUACUGAAAGAAAACUAACAACAAGAUUGAGAGGAACAAACUGCUUAGUCUGAAACACAUUAAAAUGUCUUAUGUGCAAUAACUUUGAAUUUAGAGUUAAGAAUCGUGUUCAAGUGCUUGGAUUUCAGUUAGUAUAUUUAAGUGCUGAAACUGUAUCUCUCUCUCAGUAAUUUUAGAUGUUAAUCAAAAACAAGUGUUAGAAUGUGCGUGUGCAUUUGACGGGCACUAGAGCGCCAAGUGUUUCAGUCGUAGGGUCCCUUCUCCUAGUUGUUACACUCCCGUUCUGCUUCAUUGAGGCCCCCUGGGAAAGCUGUUUCACAUUGUCUGUCUCUGCCUAAUACUUAACCUAAGGAAACAAGUACACACACACCAGAAAAUUAAAUACAUUAUUUUUAAAAAAAAAAGAAAUAAAAAUUUAUAAACACUCA